AUGACUCCUCCCUCUACACUGGCUCCUCCCUCUACACUGACGCCUCCCUCUACACUGACUCCUCCCUCUACACUGGCUCCUCCCUCUUCACUGACGCCUCCCUCUACACUGACUCCUCCCUCUACGCUGACUCCUCCCACUGCACUGACUCCUCCCUCUACACUGACUCCUCCCUCUACACUGGCUCCUCCCUCUACACUGACGCCUCCCUCUACACUGACUCCUCCCUCUACGCUGACUCCUCCCUCUACACUGACUCCUCCCACUGCACUGACUCCUCCCUCUACACUGACUGGAAAAGAGCAGUUUAUUAUUAUGACAGAUUAG